AUGUCGCUCUUCAAAUCCUCAUAUUAUGACAAAGAUUACCGGGCGGGUGCUGCCCUGAUGCGCGCACGGCGGCCAUAUAUAGUCAGAAACGUUGCUACUGGAGUGGCUCUCUUCAGCUUCUGCAUUGGUGUUUACGCCUUCACUAUCAAUGCAGUCGGACAGGACGAUUUCUCUGAUGUAAAGGUGCCAGAGGCUGUACCGAGCGCGAAACAGGAGGCCAAAUAG